AUGGAGAAGGUGCCACGAAUCACCGAUCGCCACAGAGGGACUCCACUCGGAUUUGCAAAGGUCGUCUUUUCGGAUGAAGAGAUUUUCAAUCUAGACGGUCUUGACGGAAACAAGCGGUACUGGCGCGACUUGAGAAAGGAGCCAGUCUACUUUAGCGGUCGCAAUUUCGUUAGAGGAAGUCUAUGGCGUGGGAUGCAUUCUGCAAUGAUGUCGUGUUGGAUUUACCUGUCGUGA